GUGCUCUUCCGUCAGUGAGAGGAAGCGCUUGCUGUGCUCAGGGCAGUGUUACGUGCUGGAAAUAGUAACUAAUGACUGGGCUUGUGUAGUUAAGAAAAAUCUAUUUUAUUUUUCUGACAACAGCAAGGAGACUCCUGGCAGGAUGCGGCGUUGCUGCUGACCACUUCCACAGCAGCUGUCCGUCUGUCUGUGCGCACUUUGGCUGGGGGACGACGCACAAGGACAAAUUGAGGAACCAGUAACUCUGCGCUGGAAAACAACAUCGCUCGUCCUUUUAAGUAUCCACUGUGGACAUAGGCUACCUUUACAAACAUUUGGAUUUUUUUUUCCUUUCACACAGAAUAUUUUAAAACAGUUUUCCGUCCUGGAAGAAGAGUGAGUCACUGCAGGCAGAAGGAGAGCCGCUGCAUCCUAAUCAGACAGCGGAGAGGACUUCAGCUCAUUGACAUUUCAGUCAUACUUUGGAGCACUUUUUUUCAUUUCUACUGCGCUGUACUGUAGAGUUUGUGUGUAUAGGAGGCUUUUGGCUUCCCUGCCGCACACGGAGGAGAAGGAGGAUACGGGUGGUACCUUUUGUGAAGUGGAAAAUAAGCAAUCUCUUUACGCUGGAAUUGACUGUUUUUAAUUUUUAUUCUGUCCCUUUCUUUUGGAACCGACGGUAAUAUAUGUGAAGACUUACAAUGACAGUUCUGUUGGAGCCUGGAUCUUGAUUAUUGUUGAGAUGAGUCUGGGUGCUCUGCUGAAUAUAAAUUAGGCAUUCAGUACCACAGAUUGCUUGCUGAGGAGAGAAAGCAACAAAGCAAAGACAAUCUACAGCGACAAAUGUCAAGUCAUCACAUGAUGAACUGGACUCUUUUGUUUAUCCGUUGUGAUAGAGAUACCAAAUCUGAAAAGAAUAUCAACAGGUCACAGAUUGAAUAAUCGACGCAAAGGUUUAAGCAGUUUUUACUUAGUGGAGAUGCAUCUUUCUAUUUUCUUUUUCCUCCUUUUGUGGGCUCAAGCCUUGACAUUAAAAAACUUGAAUUACUCUGUCCCGGAGGAACAGGGUCCAGGAACAGUGAUUGGGAAUAUUGCCAAAGAUGCCAGGCUUGGACUCGAGCAGAUUGGGCAGGGAGGACAGGGAAAGAAAGCCAACUUUAGGGUGUUGGAAAACUCAGCGCCUCAUCUUAUCGAUGUGGACCCCCAAAGCGGACUGCUGUACACAAAACAACGCAUUGACAGGGAAACAUUGUGUAAGAGAAACCCCAAGUGCCAGCUCUCCAUGGAGGUGUUUGCCAACGAUAAGGAGAUAUGUAUGAUAAAAAUAGAUAUUCAGGACAUCAAUGACAACUCACCUGUUUUUCCUUCUGAUCAAAUUGAUAUUGACAUUUCUGAAAAUGCAGUGCCGGGGACACGCUUUCCUCUAACCAGCGCACAUGACCCUGAUGCUGGGGAAAAUGGCCUGAAAACCUAUCAAAUAACUCGUGAUGACUACAAUCUCUUUUCUUUGGAGGUAAAAUCCAGAGGGGACGGGACCAAAUUCCCUGAAUUAGUCAUUCAGCGUCCACUGGACAGAGAAGAGCGAAGCCAUCACACCCUCAUUUUGUCAGCUACUGAUGGUGGUGAAUAUCCUAGAUCAGGUACAAUGCAGAUAAAUGUUAAAGUUAUUGACUCCAAUGAUAAUAGUCCGGUUUUUGAUCAGUCAUCAUAUGUAGUAGAAAUUCCUGAAAAUUCUCCUCCUGGAAAAGUCUUAAUUGAUUUAAACGCCACAGACCCUGAUGAGGGAAACAACGGUCAAAUUGUUUAUUCUUUUAGUGGCUAUGCACCAGAGAGAAUUCGUGAGCUUUUCUCAAUAGAUUCUAGAACAGGGGUUAUAAAGAUUCAGGGAGAAAUUGACUAUGAAGAGAGCUCUGUCAUUGAGAUUGAUAUCCAGGCAAAGGAUCUAGGUCCCAAUCCAAUCCCUGGCCAUUGUAAAGUCACCGUUAAAGUGCUAGACAGGAAUGAUAACUGGCCAUCUAUAGGCUUUGUGUCUGUGAGACAAGGAGCCAUCAGUGAGGCGGCACCCCCAGGCACUGUCAUUGCUCUGGUCCGUGUCACAGACAAGGACUCUGGCAGGAAUGGGCAACUUCAAUGCAGGGUGCUUGGUAAUGUCCCUUUUAAACUCGAGGAGAACUAUGAUAACUUCUACACAGUGGUUACAGACAGGCCCCUCGACAGAGAGGUGCAAGAUGAGUACAAUGUCACUAUUGUUGCCAAAGACAAUGGGAUUCCUCCUUUAAACUCUACAAAAUCUUUUACAGUGAAGAUUCUUGAUGAGAAUGAUAACAUUCCUCGCUUCACCAAGUCUGUAUACCUUCUUCAGAUUCCCGAAAACAACAUCCCUGGGGAGUAUCUAGGUUCAGUUUUGGCACAUGACCCAGAUUUGGGCCAGAAUGGCACUGUGUACUAUAGUAUCAUUAACUCCAACAUCAGUGGCGGUGAUGUCAACACAUAUGUUAAUGUGAAUGCAGCUAAUGGAGCCAUCUAUGCUGUACGAUCUUUUAACUAUGAGCAAAUCAAGUAUUUUGACUUCAAAGUGCUUGCUAAAGAUGCAGGAUCUCCACAUUUAGAGAGCAAUGCUACUGUGCGCAUUAGUGUUUUGGACGUCAACGACAACAUCCCUGUCAUAGUCUUGCCUCUUCUUCAGAACGAUACAGCUGAAAUCCACGUUCCACGAAAUGUUGGAGUUGGUUACAUUGUAACAACAGUGAAAGCAUUAGAUAAUGACUAUGGGGAAAGCGGAAGGCUCACCUAUGAAAUCUCAGAUGGCAAUGAAGAGCACCUCUUUGAUAUUGAUCCUGUUACUGGGGAGGUCCGAACCGCCCACCCUUUUUGGGAUGAUGUAAAUCCAAUCGUUGAGCUGAUCAUCCGUGUAUCAGACCACGGUAAGCCAACUCUAACUGCUGCUGCCAGACUCAUUGUCAAAGCCUCCAAUGGGCAUGCUUCAGAUGGACUUCCACACAUAAAAGACAAUCAAAAUUGGGACAUUUCCUUGCCACUUAUUGUGACUCUAAGCAUCAUAUCUAUCAUGCUCCUAGCUGCCAUGGUGACCAUAGCAAUCAAGUGCAAGCGGGAAAACAAGGAAAUUCGUACCUAUAAUUGUCGCAUAGCAGAAUACUCCCACCCACAGCUUGGAAAAGGCAAGAAGAAGAAGAUCAACAAGAACGACAUCAUGCUUGUACAGAGUGAAGUUGAAGAGCGGGAUGCCAUGAAUGUGAUGAAUGUGGUAAGCAGCCCUUCCCUGGCCACUUCACCCAUGUACUUUGACUAUCAGACACGCCUGCCACUCAGCUCACCAAGGUCAGAGGUCAUGUACCUUAAACCCACUGCCAAUAACCUCAGCGUGCCCCAAAGCCACGUGGGAUGCCACACCAGCUUCACAGGCCCAGUCACCAGCACUACAGACACACCUACUAACCGCAUGUCGAUCAUACAGACCGACAAUUUCCCCACUGAGCCUAAUUAUAUGGGUAGCAGACAACAGUUUGUUCAAAGUUCAACAUUCAAAGACCCAGAGCGAGCCAGCCUCAGAGACAGCGGCCAUGGUGACAGCGACCAGGCUGACAGCGACCAGGACACCAACAAAGGCUCCUGCUGUGAUAUGUCUGCAAAAGAAGCUCUCAAGCUGAAGGCUGCAGGUGUGAAACCCCCACCCCUGGAGCAAGAUGAGGAUUGUUUGAAUUGCACAGAGGAAUGCAGAGUCCUUGGUCAUUCUGACCGCUGCUGGAUGCCUCAGUUUCCUGCAGGAGGAAACCAGGCAGAAGGCAUUGACUACCGCAACAAUAUGUUUGUGCCGGCCGGGAUGGAGGUGGUUGCUGAGACAGAGACCUAUGAGACUGUAAACCCCAAUGGCAAGAAAACUUUCUGCACAUUUGGAAAAGAGAGACGAGACCACACCAUCCUGGUCGCCAACGUCAAGCCCUACCUAAAAGCAAAACGUGCCCUCAGCCCCCUGCUGCAAGAAGUACCGUCAGCCUCCAGCAGUCCUACCAAAGGAUGCUCCACAAUGCCUCCCUGUUCUGCAGUCAAAGGCCCAGCAGAUGGGGCUGAGGGCAAACCUCCCCCAGCAAGCUGCUCGAUCCACUAUGGGCCACCUGAUGGCCAAUACAUGUCACCUACUAAACAAACAAGAGACCAAGGGGUCUACCCACCGUUGCCUUCCUCAGAUCCGGUGGCCAAGGUCCUUGCAGAGGCCCGCUCCAGAAUCAGUCAGGAGGCGGCGGGUGAAAUGGAGCGCGUCCUAGAGCAGGCAGAACCAGAUUCAAACCGCAGUGGAAUGGACGCUGACCAGGUGGUGAGAGACAUUGACAAACUAUUGCAAGACUGCAGAGAUAGUGAGGCCUCUGGCACACUGAGAAAAUGACUCAAAGAACCACAACAUAAGGAGAUGUGAGGAUAAAGGUCGGAGUUUGUUGUUAAGACUUUCAUGCCAAAACUGUUAGUCACCAAAACAAAUCAGAAAGGGUAAAUGGCUCUGGUGACUGGAACUAUUGUCACUGUAUUUGUUGUAGAAAAGUACAAAAAAGGACAAGAUAAACUUUUAUUACGUCAGUCCAGUGGCAACCAAGAACAACAAAAAAGAGGAACUGACUUCUGACUUUUUCUGAAUUUCUAAACUUUUUGGAUUCUUAAGCAAAUUGCAGGGGUUUAAGCCUCUGGCACCUCGCAAGCUCUUAUCUAAGUGCCCACCAGCUCAUAUGUGUGUUGUUCAUGGUCUCUUGUGAAAACCUACAUAUCUUUUUAAGUGUGCGUAGGUGGAUUUCUGUUUUGUGUGUUGGACAUUAAAAUUGAAUGAAAAAGGACUAUGUGCGGUCAGACAUGACAAUCGAUGUGAAAAAAAAAUAUAAAAGUUGAUCUAUUCGGACAGUGAAAGACAGAAGUACACAACUUUACUCUUUUUUUUGUUUCAUUUUUUCAAUUGAUAAACAAGUGUAGCGUGUGAUGGACCAGAUCUAUACCUGAAGAGAUUUUAUUCGGGGGGGGAGGGGGUUGUUAUGGACCAGCCAGAUCUGUUUCAGUCGGAUUUAUUAACAGUGUAACCAUGUCUCACCGGUCAUUUUGUAACUACAUGUAAGCUGUGUCUGUCUCACACCUCUAUUUAAAUGUUCAUGUUGCUGAGCAAAGUAGUUGCACGCAUCAACGUCAUCACAUGUCCACUACCACUCUGCAGACACACACGCUUACACAUUGACACCACACAAGAAUGCAGAUGAAACAAAUGAAUGCUCACAUACAACUGCCCAUCUGUGGAUUUGUCUUAUACAUGUACACCAUCAGCUUUUAGUCCCUUGUGUACAGUGAAUUAUCAUGUCUGUGACUAUGCCAUCAGGCAAUCAAGUUGUAUAAAAAGGGACCUUUCUUUCCUCAGCUGUGAAAAGAUAAUAUCUAUAUGGUUAUAUAGAUGACUGUAUGUAUGAAUCCAUGUAUAGUGUCCGAAUAUCAGCAAAAUAUUUAUACAUUUUAUAAGGAGAAAAAAGUUGAAUUUGACAUUAAAAGUGUCCUGAAGUAGAAGUCAUGUGGGAGGUAUUUAAGAAAGAACUGCAAAGGACACUGCCAUUGUUUUAAAGACAACGAUCCAAAAAUAUGACAAAACAAUAAAAUGUCCCUUCACAUUAUCACUAUACGUAAUAUCAUUAUAUGUGUAUAUGUAUCCAAUUUAGAUGUGUUUACAUCAGAAAAACUGACAUAUUUUUAUUAAUUUUACUGCAAUUUCUGUGCAUUUGAGCCAAAUUGUUAUGUGUACAAAAGCUAUAUUGUGUAUUUUAUUAAAUUAAUAUAUGGUUGUGUUGCAAUAUACAUGGGCUUAUAUUGUAUUUGGCAAAAGUUGCCUUAGUAGCUGUCGAACUCUGUGAGUUUGCUUUAGUUUGGGUUUCUGUUUGUUUCUUUUUUUCAUCGGUAUCCUGCAUCUUUGCAGUAAGGCUGGUCUCAGUGCUUUUGAGAUGUCGCCGCUUUUUACCCUGAGAUCCAGCUGGAUCAAAUACAAUAACUGUUAAAAGCUUAAUGAGCCAGCUGAUCUGGAAGAAGAUUCAAACCAACAACAAAAAAGCAACAAGAAAACUGUUUGACUAUUUUUACUGAGCAAAUUUUUAUAAGGCAGCUAUUUUCUUUAACAAUAACAAGUCCGCAUAUUUUCUGUUCAUUCCGUUUCUAUUUUCUUUCCAAAAAAAAAAGAAAAGAAACCCGCCAUAUGAAAAGUGGAGUGGUUUCCUUGGUGAUCAUGAAACUGCCUUACUGUCUCUGCAGAGAGCUUGUUGUAUCUGUGGAGCCUUGUGACUGCUUCUCAAGACCUAGUCCACCAGAAUGUGCAUUUCCUACAAAAGACCAAAACAGGUUCUUUUUCAAAAGUCUGUGUUGUUUAUGUAUGUACUUAAAUACAUGUUGGAAAUCCCAUAAUUUGCAGAGAAACUUGACAUCUGAAAUUCUAUCUGAAGUUUUUUUUGGAUUUUACUUAUUCUCGGUAUGGGUACAUGGUUUAUACAAUGCAUCCAGGAUUUCCUAAAAAAGAGAUAGAAAACAUUUAUUUUUUAAAUUUUGGCACCUUUGGGCCAUUAUGAUAUACUAUCGCAGGGUGUUUUUUAAAAAAAAUCCCUGGCAUUAAGGGGCAUAGAACAGUAGGCUACAUGAUGAUUUCUGGAAAAUGUUACCACAAUCACCAAAUGUAUAUAACCUGCAGCUUUGAGAGGGAACAGUGACGUAUUGUGGCAUCUAAAUGCAGUAUGUUGAAGUAGAAAACCUAAAUAUUUUGUUAUAUAGGAAAAUCACAUACAUCCAUUUUUUCUUUUAUGUUUGGGAUUUUUAUUGUGCUGCAUCUUUCCUUUUUAGGCUUUUUGCUUACUUUCCUUUGAAAGAUCAGAACAGCUGUUGCUUUUUCUCCUGUCCUUCAUCUGGAAACUAUUUGGUAUAGGUUUACCCUUACUCUUUUUUGCAGGAUAAAUGCAGAAGUGAAUUUUAAGAUGGGGCAUUGAUGCAUGGACAGAAAAGAAAAUGUAUUUGUUUCUCUUAUAUUUUAAUUUCCUAUAUCUGGAUGAAUAAGACAACUCUUAUGUUAAGGCAGCACAAACAGUUCAAAUUUUCGCUGCAGUAGUGAUCCAGACAGGAAUGUCAUUGCACACAGAAACACCAGUGCGUUUAAGCAACACGCUGCCUUUCAUGUUAUUCAUAAGCAAUGAAAAUUAAAUAAAAGAGAGGGCAUAAACAUUACCGGGACAAAUUUGACUCUUCCAUAUUUGCCCUAAUGAUUACUUUUUCAUUUAGCUCAUUUGUCUGCCUCUUAGCUAGAGCAGCAUUACUUGUUGUAUGUGCUUACCUGCUUGAUUUCUGUAUAUAUUCUCCAGUUCCCUUCUUUCUGAACUUCCGUCAUCUUCAUAUUUAGUUUAAACUCCGAUCAGAUUUUUAUUUCAUUGUUGAUUUUUAUUCCAUUAAACGCAGCAGGCAUGCAGAUUCAUCACACAACAUAUUUUACUCUUGCUGCCACAAUUCAAAGUACUGUCCUCUCUAAUGGUGUUCCCUUGCCCUGGCCACUGUCUGCAUGCUUACAAAUCAAGGGUGAGGAAAUGCACAGAGUCCAGUCUAUGGAAGGAAUUCUCUAAGCCAUGGCCCCUUUUCUCAGGCUAUUUGCUGUUUAAUAGAGCAGAGGCUGCUUUUUGGGGCCAAUGCAUAGUUUGGCCUCAGAAGUUUAGAGAUUGAAUGCAAUGUAGGGUCUCUCAUUAUUGUCUAAUUAUACACUGGCAUCUUACACUGUUGGCAGUGCAUUACUCAAGCAUAGAGUGUGAUAUUUUUGCCCACUUGAGACUUGUUGGCUUUACCAAGCGAUUAGGGAAAGACCUUGUUGAAUGUGGCUAACCACCUCUGGUCUAUUACUCACAUGGAUGCAACUGCACACAGACUCAGACAGUCACUGCUUCACAAACACACAGACAAUAUGCCUUUUUGGUUUGUUAAAUUAAGCACCCAAUGAUGUCAGUGUUGUUCCCUCAUCCACAGGUUCCACACUGAUUACAUAGGGCUCCACCCUACAUUAAACAGCUGGUAAAAAGACCAGAGACAAUUUUAUUUGUAUGGAUUAUUUUCAACUGCUAUUGUCUAAAGGCUGUGUUCAUUGUGAUCUAUCUGAAGUAAAAACAAACAAAAAAAAAUAAUAAAAGUGCAAAUAAAAAGAA